AUGUCAUUUUUCGAAUACAAAGACUAUAUAGAAGAAGGUGAUUUGGUGUUGGCUUUUAUAAAUAGAACUUCAAUUAAACCGAUUUAUAUAACAAAGGGAGAAAUACUAAAUACAAGAUAUGGUCAUUUUCAUCAUAAUACAAUGAUUGGUAUGAAAUAUGGUUCACAAAUGCCAGGAGCAAAAGGAUUUGGUUUCAUUCAUUUAUUAUUUCCAACCCCUGAAAUGUGGACUUUGUCAUUACCUCAUCGAACUCAAAUUGUUUAUACUCCAGAUUCAUCAUAUAUUAUACAAAGACUAAAUGUUACUUGUGGAUCCAGAAUAAUUGAAGCCGGGACUGGUUCAGCUUCUUUCACUCAUUCGUUUGCAAGAACUGUAAGUAAGAAAGGGAAAGUAUUUACAUAUGAAUUUCAUGAGCCAAGAUAUUUAGAAGCUAAAAAGGAAUUGGAACAACAUGGACUUACCAACACAAUAAUAACUCAUAGAGAUGUAUGUAAUGAUGGAUUUAAUAUAGAUCAAGAUGUUAAUGGAGAUGUUGUCUUUUUAGAUUUGCCUUCACCUUGGACAGCGAUACCCCAUUUAAAUUCAGUAAUCACAAAAAACAAAAGAGUUGGAAUCUGUUGUUUUUCACCGUGCAUAGAACAAGUAGACAAAACAGUUAAAGCAUUAGAAGAAAACGGAUGGACUAAUAUAGAAAUGGUAGAAGUUGCAGCAAAGAGAUGGGAAGCAAGAAAAGAAAUGAAAAGAGAUGUAUCAGAUGCAAUAAAUAGAAUUAAAGAUAUACAACAAAGGAAAAAAAUUGGAGUAGAGAGUAUGAAAAAUGGUGAACCACCUAAGAAAUUAUCCAAGACUAAUGAAAAUGGUUUUAAAUCUUCAAGAAAGAGUGCAAAAGUUAAGGAAGGUGAGGAAGGUUAUGAAUGGUUAGAAGUGACGAAAUCAGAAAAUGAAAUAAAGAGUCAUACUUCGUACUUGACGUUUGCAUAUACAAUAGUUAAUGAGGAAUAA